AUGGGUUGCAUGGAAUAUGUUCUUGUUAAUUACCGGUGGCUCUUCGUGUGUUUCUUCCUUCUGCCGAUUUCCCUCUUUUACGAUCUGUGGAUGUACUUCAGGAAUUGGGUGGUGUUUAGGUUGAGCAGCGCGCCCUCCAAGCAUUACAAAAAAGUGAAAUAUGUACAGGAACAGAUCGUAGAAUGGAACAACAAGGGCAGAAAAACCAAAAUGUGCUCAGCCCGGCCCGGCUGGCAAACAGUCUCAUUCAGAAGACCCGUUUACAAACAACACAUGACCAACAUCGAUGUGAAUUUGGUAGAUAUUUUGGAAAUAGACACCGAAAAAGGGGUCGUGAGAUUAGAACCUCUGGUGUCGAUGGGCCAACUCACAGCCACUUUGAACCCCUUGGGUUGGACCAUCCCCGUGCUACCCGAGAUCGACGAUCUAACAGUAGGCGGGCUGGUGAUGGGCCAAGGAAUCGAGUCCUCUUCGCACGUCCACGGACUGUUCCAGAACACCUGCGUAUCCUACGAACUGGUCCUCAGCGACGGCGCCAUCGUCAGGUGUUCGGCGAAGAACGAGCCCGAUUUGUUCUACUCGAUCCCUUGGUCCUACGGCACUUUGGGCAUUCUAACGGCCGUCGAAAUUCGAAUCGUCCCGGCGAAGAAGUACGUGAAACUGUCCUACGAGCCCGUCUGGGGAUUGGACAACAUCGUGCAGAAAUUCACCGAAUGCAGCGGCGAUGCCAGCAACGAAUUCGUCGAGAUGAUACUCUUCAGCCAACACGAAGCCGUAAUGAUGACCGGAGUGCAGACGAAUUCGCCCGAACAUAGCAAAAUCAACUCGAUAGACAGAUGGUACAAACCUUGGUUCUUCAAAUACGUCCAAGAGAAACUUCGAAACAACACCAUCACUGAGGAAUACAUACCGUUAAGAGCUUACUAUCAUCGACACACCAGGUCCAUAUUCUGGGAGCUGCAGGAUAUCAUCCCGUUCGGCAACAACGCGGUGUUCAGGGCGCUGCUGGGCUGGCUGAUCCCGCCGAAGAUAUCGCUGUUGAAGCUGACGCAGACGAAGGCGAUCAAGGAGCUGUACGAGCGCAGCCACGUGUUCCAGGACGUGCUGGUGCCCGUCGGGGAGAUGGAGAAGAGCCUGCGAAGGUUCCACGAGCUGGUGGACGUCUACCCGGUGUGGCUGUGCCCGUUCCUGCUGCCCGAUCGACCGGGGAUGGUCCGGCCGAGGGAGAAUCGAUCGGAGAUGUUCGUGGACAUCGGGCUGUACGGGACGCCGCGCGUCGACGGGUUCGAUCCGAAGGAGACGGCGCGGAAGAUCGAACAGCACGUGAUCGAUUCCAAUGGGUUUCAAAUGUUGUACGCUGAUAUUUACAUGACGAGGGAGGAAUUCAGGACGAUGUUCGAUCACGGUUUGUACGAUAAAUUGAGGAGUGAAUUGCGUUGCGAGGACGCUUUUCCGGAGGUGUACGACAAGGUUUCGAGGGCGGCUAGAGAUUGA